GGCUAUUCAAAAUGAAGCUAGCUUUAACUAGCCUGUCAGUUGUCCCAUUUUCGAGCGAUGGCGUCUAAAACGGCCGCAGGUCGUGCUCGUAAAGUUAAUUUCUGGACUUCCCAGGACAGGAAACUUUAUCCCUGCCACUUCGCGCCAGACAGGCUGGGAAACCAGCUGAAACGAGAGGAGGCGCCGCAUCUCGGACCCGGCAGCUAUGAAGUCCAUAAGUUUGGCACCAUCAUGUAUGACAUACAGACGAAACCCGAGAGCAAGAGAGGAUAUGUUCUCGCUGCCAGGACUGCCCCCCGCUUUCCACCUUUUAACAAGAACCAGUUGACCCCUUCGUCUCAGCAGUACCAGCCGGAUCAAAGCCAGUCAAGAGUUCCUCCUCCUGGCACGGCGCCGUUCGGUUCAAACGCGCACAGAUUCAAAGAGACGUCGCAUCCUGCGGGUGACAGCCCCGGGCCUGGGACGUACUCUCAGGAUGCAGUCACGAACCGGAAGGUGAGCUGGCCCAUGUGCUUUGGGAGACCCGACUGGUCCAAUCUGCCUCAGCUGGAGAAAAAGGCUCUCAGGGUGGAGUUAACCAGUGACAAGGAGUUUGUUAAACAGAGGAGCAGACUGGCGUAUCUGAGUUUAUACUAUUAACUCCACAGCUGAGGCAUGAAAAUACAUCACAACACCGCAUGGA